UCCUGCAGGUUGUGGUCUGCUUUGGGUUGAAUGGUCAUUAUGCUGAUGCAUCUCUGUAGUAUCAAGAAUUUGUACCAGAAUCGGUUCCUGGGAUUGGCAGCUAUGGCCUCCCCGACCCGCAGCAAUCAAACACGCCAGCGCUGUAAGGAUGUGUUUCGUCUCAGCUUCAGUCCAGAAACCUAUGCUGUCACAGAGCUGAACCAGGAAGCCUUCAUGCUGGGGCUGUCACGGUCCACCAGUGACAAUGAUCUAGUCUCUCCAGAUGCCCGCUCCACCCUCACCAUCAGCUCCUCCUACUAUACCAUAGGCCAGUCUGAAGACCUGGUGAUCACAUGGGAUAUCAAGGAAGAAGUUGAUGCUGGAGACUGGAUUGGAAUGUAUCUUCUUGGUGAAACUUUAUCUGAGAACUUUCUGGACUAUAAGAACAGAGGAAUCAGUGGAUCUCACAAUGGACAGAUCAUUUGGAAAAUUGACUCAAGCUCCCAAUUCACCAACACUGAGACCCAGGUGUGCUUCAGAUACUACCAUGGUGUCACGGGAGCUCUCAGGGCAACCACACCCAGCGUAACAAUCAAAAAGGGCUCUAUACCUGUACUAAAGCCAAUAGUUAGUCCUGAGGUCAACCAUGGAAUGGGAAACAGAAGACUCAUUAACUUUUCCUUGUCAGAAAUCCAAGCAGUUGGUUUGAAGAAGGGAAUGUUUUUCAACCCUGACCCCUACCUGAAGCUGUCAAUCCAGCCAGGAAAGCACAGCAUCUUUCCCUCACUACCACACCAUGGGCAAGAAAAACGGUCCGUAGUAGUCUGCAACACAGUUAACCCACAAUGGAGCACAGAGAGAUUUACCUUUGUUUCUCUGCCUACUGAUGUCCUGGAAAUCGAGGUGAAGGACAAGUUUGCCAAGAGUCGUCCAAUUAUCAAGCGCUUCCUGGGCAAGCUCUCUGUCCCUGUCCAGAGGCUGUUGGAAAAACAUGCAAUUGGGGAUCGGGUCGUGAGUUACUCACUGGGUCGCAAACUGCCAACAGAUCAUGUCUGCGGCCAGCUGCAGUUCCGUUUUGAGUUGACCUCCUCUAUUCACCCAGGUGAUGAGGAGGUCUCCCUGGUGAUGGAGCUGGCAUGUCCUGAAGUACAUAAUACAGCAACUGUCAAUCAUGUUGCUGAUGUUCCCGAUGAUGAUGCAGUAAGCGUAGGACCUGACAUGCCUGACCUCCCCAUGGAUACCAUUUCUGACUUUGGUACUUCCAGCCAACCAGCAUGUUCAGCUGAGGUCUCCACUCAAGAGGAUGCACAGGCUGUUGGAAAAGAGGAUGCUGAGGCACAACCAGAUUUGGAACAAGAAGUGAUGGAGCAGGAGAGAACAGUAAGGGAGGAUCCUCCAUCUACUGAGUCCCAGAGACACCAUGAAGAAUAUGUCUCAAUAAAACAGGAGCAAGAAGACAUUGGAGUCAGUACAGAAGAGAGCACAAGAAAGGAAGAGGAGGAGGAGCAACAAGUAGAGUCUUUACACAAAUCUAAGGAAAUAAUAACAGCAUCUCUAGAAGUAAAGGAUGAUGGGGAGGAGACAUCAUCAAAACAAAACUGUGCAAGUUCCCCAGCAAGAUCAACAAUUGAUGGGGUUUCUCCUGUUGAACCUGCUAUAGAGGAAAAAACAGGAUCACAGGAGUAUGCUGUAGAAACACAUGAAAGGGACAUGGAGGACCUGAGGGAGGAUCACGAAAGAAGCUCUGUUGCAUAUGACUGCCAAUCUCUCUUCCUAACCUACAACUCCUAUGGUGCAACACGCAAUAAAAACCGCCCUUGCUCCCUUCCUGUUUCAGAGCUAGAGACAGUGAUUGCUUCAGCUUGUGGUGAGCCGGAGACACCACGAUCCCAUUACAUCCGGAUUCACCAUCUGCUCCACAGCCUUCCUUCAGCCCAACAACAAAUUCCUAGCCAAGAGGAUGACAACGAUGUUGUGGAAGGAGAAAAUUCCAGCAGUACUCAAGACACUGUCUCCACAUCACCAGUAAUUAAAACCUCUAAAGAGAGGGCGCAGGAGGGACAGGAAGAUGAUGAGGAGGAUGAUGACACUUCCCAAUCUUCCUCUCAGGUCCCAGAGUGUCCUGGCCCUUGCUGCCAUCGCUCUUUGCCUCGCAGCCUUUCGAUUGAACGCCUCUCUGAGCUUAACCAACUCUUGGAAGGUGAAAGUGGAGGUGGAGAACACACAGGUAAUAGGAGGAUCUCUCCUUCUUAUCUGGAAAACGAGGAAGGAGAUAUCAGUAAUGGAGGAGCACGAAAACGUGUCGGCGGCACACAGAGACAUCCGGGGGAAAAUGAAUGUGAGUUGUGUGAUACGUCGUGUUACAGCACUUCCUGUUACAGCACCUCCUGUUACAGCACGUCUUGCUACAGCAACUCGGGCUAUGAAGGGAGGAGUCGCUUCUGUAGCCACACCCGUCUGUCCUCAGUGGACAGCAACCGCCUCUCUGGGAGUACAGUGUUCUCUUCACAGGAUGAAGAUGAAGAUGAGAACAGUGCCUUUGACACAGGACCUGAUGCUGUGCAUAGUGCUGAAAGCCAGGAGACAAGUGGGGCAGGAGGACAGAGGAGAACAGAGAGAUGGAAGGAGGAAAGGGGAGGAGAAGAUAUGGAGCCAGCUUUGGCCGGAUCAAGUGAUGGGAACAGCAUUGGCACAGACUUCUCCCCUCCUGCUGGCCAUCUUCCAGUUCUGCGACCCAGCCAUGAACUAAAUCAUUUUCCUUCUGCCACUGACCAAGCCUUACCUCCAAACUGGGAAGCUCGCAUCGAUAGCCACGGCAGAGUGUUCUAUGUUGACCAUGUGAACCGAACCACAACUUGGCAGAGGCCAAGCCACAGCAGCAAGUGUAGCCAUGGCCUUCCCCGCUCAGGAUCCACUCAGCAGAUGGAGCAGCUCAACCGGAGAUACCAGAACAUCCAGAGAACCAUAGCAACUGAGGAGGAAGGUGGGAAUCACAGACUGGAGCAGAGUAGCAGUACAGAGACUGAUUCUGAUUCUGUACAGACAGGCCCCACCUCUCCUGUCAAUCACCAGAAAUUUAGCCACCUGCUCCAGUCACCUGCUGUCAAGUUUGUCACACACCCUGAAUUUUUCACUGUAUUGCACAGCAACUAUGCAGCUUAUCGGAUGUUCACCACUAGUAGCUGUGUGAAACACAUGAUCCUCAAGGUUCGUCGUGAUGCCAGAAACUUUGAACGCUAUCAGCACAACCGGGACUUGGUCAUCUUCUUUAACAAGUUUGCAGAUACACAGCUGGAGCUGCCAAGAGGCUGGGAGAUCAAGACUGACCCCCAGGGCAAGUGUUUCUUUGUGGAUCAUAACAGUCGAGCCACGACCUUCAUUGACCCUCGAAUCCCUCUGCAAAAUGGUCGGUUGCCUGGACAUCUCGCUCACAGACAACACCUGCUGAGAUUACGCAGCUACAGUGCUGGGGAGGCCUCUGAUGUGUCAAGGAGUCGUGGGGCAUCUUUCAUGAUUAGGCCUGGAAACAGCCUGGUGGCCGCCAUACGAAAUCAGCAACUGACUGCUCCAUCUUACAAUGAUAAGAUUGUGGCAUUCCUUCGACAACCGAACAUCUUUCACAUAUUGCAGGAGCGACAGCCCAGUUUGAGCAGAAACCAUGUACUCAGGGAGAAGAUCCACUACAUCCGGACAGAAGGUUCCCAAGGAAUAGAGAAAUUAUCCUGUGAUGCAGACUUGGUCAUCUUAUUAAGUUUAUUUGAAGAAGAAAUCAUGUCUUAUGUGCCACCUCAUCCCAUUCAUCCUGGCUUCAGCUUCUCUCCUCGUUGCUCCCCCGCCUCCUCACCACAGAACUCUCCUGGCUUGCAGAGAGCCAGAGCUCCAGCUCCUUACCGCAGAGAUUUUGAGGCAAAGCUAAGAAACUUCUACAGGAAACUAGAAGCCAAGGGCUAUGGGCAGGGACCAGGCAAGAUCAAGUUGCUCAUUAGGAGAGAACAUCUGCUUGAAGGAACCUUUAACCAAGUGAUGGCAUACUCCCGUAAAGAGCUGCAGAGGAACAAACUCUAUGUGACCUUCCUGGGGGAGGAGGGAUUAGACUACAGCGGUCCAUCCAGAGAGUUUUUCUUCCUGUUGUCUCAGGAGUUGUUUAAUCCAUACUACGGCCUGUUUGAAUACUCAGCCAAUGACACGUACACCGUACAAAUAAGCCCCAUGUCAGCGUUUGUCGAGAACCAUCUGGAAUGGUUUCGGUUUAGCGGCCGCAUCCUGGGCCUGGCUUUAAUUCACCAGUACCUGCUAGAUGCUUUCUUCACACGACCCUUCUACAAAGCCCUGCUCAGACUACCAACAGACCUCUCUGAUCUGGAGUAUCUUGAUGAGGAGUUCCAUCAGUCUCUACAAUGGAUGAAAGACAAUGACAUCACUGACAUCUUGGACCUCACCUUCACCGUCAAUGAAGAGGUCUUUGGCCAGGUGACGGAACGAGAGCUAAAAUCGGGAGGCUCCAACAUUCAGGUGACUGAAAAGAACAAGAAGGAUUAUAUCGAACGAAUGGCAAAGUGGAGGGUGGAAAGAGGAGUCGUGCAACAGACAGAGGCUCUGGUCAGAGGCUUCUAUGAGGUGGUGGACUCCAGGCUGGUGUCAGCGUUUGAUGCCAGAGAGCUGGAAUUAGUAAUUGCAGGUACAGUAGAGAUUGACCUCAGUGACUGGAGGACCAAUACUGAGUACAGAGGAGGUUACCAUGAUGGGCACAUUGUGAUGCGGUGGUUUUGGGCUGCUGUAGAGCGAUUCAACAACGAGCAGCGCCUCCGCCUAUUGCAGUUUGUCACUGGGACAUCUAGCGUGCCCUAUGAAGGCUUUGCUGCCCUGCGUGGAUCCAAUGGCCUGCGACGCUUCUGCAUUGAGAAAUGGGGGAAAGUCACUUCAUUACCUAGGGCUCAUACCUGCUUUAACCGUCUGGACCUGCCUCCUUACCCAUCGUACACCAUGCUGUACGAUAAACUGCUCAUCGCUGUGGAGGAAACCAGCACUUUUGGCCUGGAGUGAGACAGACAAAUGCACCCCUUUCCACAGUGCUGACUGGGUCCCAAAGAAGAAACAACCCUGAUGUGUUCAUCACGGAUUGUACAGAAGGAUUUAGCAGUCUUGGGUCAUGUGAAGAUCUUUGCUUCACUUUAAAUGUUUGAUGUUGUAGAGAAUCACAGCACCCAGCACUGAUGAUAACACAACGUGACCACUUGUUAUUUUUAUAUGAAUUAUUACCAUACUCAAACACAAUAACAACUUUUUUGUGUUUGUGAACAAACAGUGGGAAUGUAAAAUGCAAUCAAGCUCAUUUCUAGAUGCAUGUACUGAAAAGCAUCACCUAUCGAGUGACAGCAUUUCUGAUGAUAAAUUGUAAAAUCCCAAAAUACUAACAAGUACAGACUGUAUACAGAAAGUAAGAAGCAUAUUAGUAACAUCAGAUUCUGUGUCACACUAACAACAUCAACACGUCAUCAAGGAACUUCACAAAGUUGCACUAAAACUUUGAAUGAACAAAAGGAUUUAUGAUAAAAUAUGUUAUAAAUGCUUCAAAUACUCUAAGCACUAAAGCAAACUUAAAUAGAAUGAGAUACAAUAAAGGACAUAUAGA